AUGGCAAUGCCGGGCGGCCGCGACAUUGGCCGGGCCGAGCGGUUCGAGGACGAGAAGCGCCGCAUCGUCGAGAGCUGCUUCAACAAGAAAGACGACGACGGCUCCGUCAUCGAGACCUACAUCACGCACAUCAGAAUCCAGGAGUACUCCUCGCAUCCGACCACCCCCCCGCCGCCCCAAAGUCGAACCCCCAACUCGGAGAAAAACCGCGUCAUUAUCGUCGCCGUCCGCAAGUCGGGCCGCGUCCGUGUCCACAAGUCCAAGGAGAACCCCAAUGGCACCUUUUCCAUUGGCAAGACCUGGGACCUCAAUGACCUGUCGGCCAUCGAGUCCUACACCGCUGCCAACGUCAGCGCCGACUUUCGCGCCUGGGCCGGCAACGUCGGCUUCCUCAUCACCCUCGGCAAGCCCUACUACUGGCAGGCCCAGACCGACAAGGAGAAGCGCUUUUUCAUCGCGAGCCUCCUCAAAAUCUACGGCAAGUACUCCGGCGGCAAGGUCCCGCUCCUGACCGGCUUCGAUCCUUAUGAGCUCGAGCAGGUCCAGGGCGGCGCUCAGCGCCGCCCGCCACCGACGACCGCCGCCUCGGCGACGACCACCCCCACAUCCGCAACAAGGCCGCCAGCCCCUCCCCAGAACCAACAGCAGCAGCAGCAGCAGCAACCACCACAGCCACUGCCUCAGCCAACACCACCGCCGCCGCUGUCCGCUCGCGAGCCCAUGUCCGCCGGCGGGCCUUCGUCGUCGGGUGGAGGCUAUGGAUCGAUGGGUUCCAAGGGAUCCAUGGGAUCCAUGGGCUCUGCUGACUUCCGCAACCGCAACGCGAUGCUCGUCAACGGCGGCGCGGCCUCUCCUGCCACCAGCAUUGAUUCGAGCCGGUCCACCAACCAGGCCGCCCUGCGACGCCUUGCCGGCAGCAACAAGAGCCAGGAGUCUGUGGCCGCUUCGCUGACCGCCCGCAGCGACGACGGCAGCAACAGCCUGCCACCGCGCUCCCGCAACGGUCCCAUCAAUGCGAAUGGUGCCCCGUCGAGUUUGGCCGACAGCCCCGCAAUCACACCCGACGGAACCGGAUCCAAGCCGCCACCCGAACGGAAACGCCCGCCCAUGGACCCCUCGCGCCCACAAGGUCUGGCCGACGACGGCCUCGUGCCUGCACCGCUUAUGAGCUCGACGCGGUCGCGUGAUGGCCGCCCCAUCAGCCCUGGUGGCCCUGGAGGGCCUGGUGGGCCAGGCGGCAACGUCGUGCCUCCGCCGCGCAGCUCCAAUCGCUCCUCGCCCUUCCAAGACGGCGGCUCGUCGCCCGGCCGCACGUCCGAGAUGGCCCCACCACCCCUACGCAACCCCAAUCCCAUGAAUGCGAACGGCUCACCCUACGCGGCCUCGGCCGCCUCUCCUCCUCCGACCCAAGCCCUCCCUCAGCCGCCGCAGACGUCCGGCCUGCCAACCGCCGCGACGACAUCCGCCGCCGCCGCCGCUGUCGGUGCCGCGACAACAGCGUCUUCCGCACCCGCCUCGUCGGCACCACCACCAGCCGAGUCUGCACCCACGCCGCCACCGGCUCCCGCCGAACCUGAAGACAACCGUCCCGGCCUGGGGCCCAUGAUCAAGAAAAAGUCCAAGGGCGACAUUGCCAACGCCUUUUGGAAGGCGGCCACCGCCGCCAACGCGUUCAAGCCGCGUCCGGGCGGUGCCGGCGACCGUCUGCGCCAGGCCCAAGCCAAGACCCCGGACGGGCCCGAUGGUAUCACAGGCGUCGUGCCCGCGCCUCCUCGGCCCGUCUCGGCGGAGAAGUCAAAGGAUCCCGCGCCAGACGCAACCACCGCCCCCGACGUUCCGCCCAAAACACCCCAGCGGUCCUCCGUACGGUCGAUUCCCGAAGUCAAGAUCACCGUGCCCAACUCCAGCCGGCCGUCAAGCAUGCAGUCAGCCGCCAAGGAGGUGGCGCCUGCCGCGAAACCUGCCGUUGCCGCCGACCUUGGACCGCGCAAGUCCAUCAUUGCCGGCAACGACGCCAAGUACCUCGCGACGCUCGGUGUGGACUCGUCCAUCAUGGACAAGCGCGGCGCCGAGUUCGCCAAGUGGCUCGACUACUUUGGCUGGGUGCCCGGCGACCACAUGCGCACCGUCAACAUGGACGACCUCAAGAUCGACCUAGACCGCGAACUCAACCGGGCCCAGGCCGGCGGCUGGCUGUCACGCUUCCAGGCGGAGGACGACCGCGUCGAGGCCAUCAAAAAGGGCAUCGACGACGCCAUGGACGAGUGCGAGGAGCUCGACAACCUGUUGACGCUCUACAGCGUCGAGCUGUCGACGCUGUCGGAUGACAUUGCCUACAUCGAGGCCCAGGGCCAGGGCCUGCAAGUCCAGGCGGCCAACCAGAAGCUGCUGCGCAAGGAGCUCGAGUCGCUGCUCGACACCUGCGCCAUUACCGCCCAGGACCUCGAGGCCCUGCGCGUUGCGCCGCUCGAGACGCCCAGCGGCAUCGAGGAGAUUGAGACCGCCCUCGUCACGCUCUACAAGGCCAUGUCCAAGAUCAAUCCCAACAUGGGUAGCGACGGCACGGGCAACGGCGUCCACGGCGCCCUCGGCGGAGGUGGUGGUGCGGACACGGCCCUGGCUAAGCUCGAGGACACAGCGGGCGACGGACCUGGCGCGCUCAACGCCGAUUUCGGCCAGAUGCGCGUCGUCCGCGAGAAGAAGGAGAUGUACUCGGCCGAGAGCGACACGUUCCUGCGCCGCCUCGUCAUCUUCAUGGCCACCGAGUUCGACCAGGCGGUUGCGCUGACCCGCAAGGCCAUGGAGGGCGCGCUGGCCAAGAAGGUCGACCCGCGCAACCACGACGUCGGCCGCGACCUGCUCUGGAAGUACAGCCCCCUGAUCCUGUAUGCGCGCGACGCCGACCCGCCCAACUGGAACCGCAUCAUCCAGAUCUACGAGGACAAGAGCCACCCGGUCUACAAGUCCGAGUUCCGCGACCUGCUCAUGGUCUGGAAGAAGAACGCCCGCAAACCCUCGAGCGACGACAGCGACCUCCUGUUUACGUCCCUCCAAGAAAAGAAAGACGAGGGCAUCGCCACGACGGCCCGCAAGCUGACCGUCAAGCGCAGCCAGACCCUGGCCCGCUCGCUGCGCUCGCCGCUGGGCGAUAACAGCAGCAGCGGCGGCGGCAGCAACAGCAGCGGCGGCAACCGCAACCAUCUGGAAAAGACCACCGGCGACAGCCGCAACCACCCGUACGAAGUCUUUGCCAGCGUGCUCGACGAGCUGCUGCCGCUCGUGCAGAUGGAGCAGAACUUUAUCAUCGACAUGUUCCACGCCACGACGCUGCAGCAGGCCGACUUUGCCGACGUGGUAGCCGCGUCGCGGCCGGCCGAGCGCCGCGGCGGCGACCUACGACGGUACCGGCCCAUGGAGCCGCACCGGGAGACGGCACGCCGGGUGACGCGCGCCAUGGAGGCGGUGUUUUCGUUCCUCGAGCAGGACCUGCAGAACCUGAUUGACUGGGUGCUGGCGACCGAGGCGCUGCAGGGCAUCGGCGUCAUGGCCACGCUGGAGCGCAAGAUGGCCGAGACGGCGCAGUCCAACCAGGAGUUUUUGAACAACACGCUGCAGAAGCUCCACAGCACGCUCGAGGGCCGGUUCCGCAAGUUUGUCGACGAGCAGAUCCGCGCCAUCGAGGAGACCAAAGUCAAAAUCAAGAAGCGCAAGGGCAUCAUUGGCUUCAUGCGCAUCUUCCCCUUUUUCAGUGCGGCCGUCGAGAACAUGCUGGCCGACGUCGACCCGCACCUGGGCGUGCGCCGCACCGUCGACAACGAGUACGACCGGAUCCUGCAGUCCAUGUUUGACUCGCUUAAGGUCAUUGCGCGCGAGAAUCCCACCAUGACGGUCGCGGCCGCCGGCUCGGCCGACCCGGAGGACAAGGAGGCCCUCAACUUCCACAUCCUGCUGAUUGAAAACAUGAACCACUACCUCGAGGACGUCGACAACCCGCGCGGCCUGCCCGUCCUCGACAAGUGGAAGGAGCGCGCCGCCGCCGAGCUGACCGAGCACAUGGGCCUCUACCUCAACGCCGUCAUGCGCCGCCCGCUCGGCCGCCUGCUGGAGCACCUGGAGAACGUCGAGGCGCAGCUGGCCGCGGGCCGCCCGCCGACCGCUGUGGCCGCGCAGCCCAGCAACUCCAAGGCCAUGUUCAACAAGGUACUGGGGAGCUACGACGCCAAGGAGGUCCGCAAGGGCAUCGAGACGCUCCGCAAGCGCGUCGAGAAGCACUUUAGCAGCGCCGACGACGAGCAGGCGUCGGCCCUAGCGGCGACGAUGGCCUCGGCCUCCACCACGUCGCUGCCCAUCAGCAAUAGCAACAGCAACAGCAACAGCAACAACAACAGCCUCGUCAACUACGUGGUGCGCGAAUGCGAAGCGUUCUACACAAACGUCGAGAACCGCAUCGGCAGCAUCACCACCAAUGUCUACGGCGGCGACGUGCUGUACGAGUGGCCGCGGGCCGAGGUCAAGCAGGCCUUUGCCAUUGCCGGGGGCCGGUAA